AGCUCCAACGUUCCAAGUACCUAGAUACUUUUUUAUUUUAACAGUGCCCUCAGCGCUGACGCCAUCCACCAGAUAACUUCAUAACCAACAGGUGAAUACAUCAGCGUUGUCGUCGUCGUCGUCGGCGAUCCACACAUAAUUUUAAUGAUCGUACGUGCGGACUUCCUUUUCGGAAAUUCAUUUUAAAAAUUAACUCGUUUGAACGCCAGUGCGUUGUGUGCGAUCUAAGAAUUGGUACGUUCGAGAAUUCGAGAUCAAGUUUUGUUCAAAAACUAAUAAAAAUAUCUGAAAAAAAAAGUUCUUUUGAAAACCGUUUUAGUCACACGUUAGAAGGUCUUCAUAGUGAUUAUAAGCUGUGGUGAUAGGGUAAUUAAAAAUUUUAACUGCCCUUGUGUAAUUAAUGACAAAGUCCCCAAACAAAAUUCCAGUUUCGAAAGAAAGUGUUUUUUAGUGUUGAAGCUUUUCCUGUCCGUUUUUAUUGCAUAUCAAAUUCACUUUCUAUGCAAAUUUUGUAGAUUUAUUAAAAAUUUUGUACAUAUAUGAAGGUAUACUCAGUUUGGUGAUCCAACAACGGACGGUCGGUUGAUGGUGCCGUGGUGGUUUUAAAAUGAAAUAGCGUCACUGUUUUUUAAGUUGUAUAUAAAGUUAUAACCUACAAAAAGCCUUUACAAAACAGCUCAUGCGAAACGUAUGGCGGAGUGUGGUUUGGGUUUCACUAACAUACCAUUGUGGUACUCCAACUAGUGCGCAUUUAAACAUUAAAAAGCUGUCAUGGUGACGGGAAUUAUCUUAAAAAAAAUAAACACAAUCAUAAUUAUUUUACCGCCGCGCUGCUCGCGCCGGUAGCCGUUAGCGUUCGUUGUGUGGAUAUUCUGUAGUAUAGUUUGAGUUGGAUAAUCAAGUGUAUUUAAAAUUUUGGAUACGUGUGAAAAUUUUCCUGACACCAAACCUAUUUCAGAGUACAUAGUUGCACCUGAAAUUGGAUCAACAUGCAAAAAUUCAUUAAGCUGAAUAACCAUGGAGCAAAUAUUGUUGAAGAACAAACAAGUAGUAGUCUGCAUCCAAGUCAAGUAAAAUUAGUUGGAUACUUGAAGAAAAAGAGAACUAAAGUUGGAGGCUGGCGCAAAAUGUGGUUUGUUUUGCAAAACCAGCUUUUACUUUCAUAUCCAUCAAAAGAGGAUUACGACAAGAAGUUGGUUUCAUUCAAAGAUGUUUUGAAUUUAGUUCCAGGAACUGUUGUACGUCCUUUGGGUGGAUAUCGUUUUGCAAUACAAACGACCUCAGAAAGUGUCUUUAUAUUUCGAUGUGAUGAUAAUAAAACUUAUAUGGAAUGGAUCACAGCUUUAGUUGAUAGUUUGUCGAUUGGAUCAAAAGUUGGCAAACAAAAAGAUGGAAUUGUAAAGAGGCCGUUGCAGGGUAGCCAUAGUUGCAGUUCAUUGGUCAGAUCGAAAAAAAACAAAGCUGUUCAAAUUCCUAUAGUUCAUGGAACGGCAAGGAUCCUCAACAGAACUGGACUCUCUGAAAAUGAUCUUAGAGCGUUUUCAGUUCGUGAGAAUAACGAAAGGUCGAAUCACUUCUGUUUACAUGAGACUCAAUUCCUGCUGCAGAAUCAGUCAGAUGAAGUCUCUCGGAUAAAUCGAAUGUUUUGUGGUAGUGCAUCAUCAGAUGUGGAUACAACAAGCUCAACAACAAUACACAAGAAUCUUUCUGUUGCUGCCGCCGGAAGUGGUGAUAAAGGAUUUACUCAACCGACACUGACACCAACAACAACGACAACAACGAUGAAGGCAAAACUGUCAAGUUUAAAAGGAAAUCAUUGCGAGUGUGAGAGUGAAAGUGUUGAAGUUAAACAACAUAACAAAAGUGUUAUCAACAGAAAAAUCCAUGAUUUGUUAAAUUAUAUUAAGACGGAUAAUUGCACAAUGAACGAGGAUAAAUUAAGUGAAAGUGAUUUUGCAAGAGACAUUAAUUCGAAUAGAAGAUAUGAGUUGAAGAAGUUUUUGGAGAAUGGCAAAGCUGGCGCAGAUGAUAAAAGGUAA